AUGGAUGCCCCCAAAAUUGCUGUUGUUUAUGCCCAUGAUAUCCAAUACCCUAAGGUUUGGCUGAAAUCAGUCCUUUUCUGUCUAGUUCUUUGGUUAGCUCCUUACUUAUGUGGAAAGUAUACAGACCUAUCCUUCCCCUACAUUGCCAAGGAGGAUAUUGUGCAGGAAUUAGUGGGUAGCGUGGGUGUCCCAGAGGAUGGGGUUCCAUGGUGUCCUGUGGUGUCUCCUCGCUUACAAGGGAAAAACAGUUUGCUCAAUAGUGACGUUCAGGCUCUCUCGGAGGAGGAGAUUGUGAAGGAAAACAACAUCCAGGAAGGUGGGACAUGGAAGCCCCAGGAGUGCCAGUCAAGAUAUCAAGUAGCAAUAAUAGUUCCUUUUCGCAAUAGAAGUGAAAACCUCCAGCAGUUCCUGUCUUAUAUGCAUCCCUUUCUCACUAGACAACAGCUGAACUACAGGAUUGUAGUUGUUGAACAGACAGAUGCAGCAGCUUUCAACCGUGCCAAGCUAUUCAACAUAGGCUUUGUGGAGACCCUCAAGCUUGACCUAGCAGACUGCUUUAUCUUUCAUGACGUUGACCUCCUCCCCCUGAACGACUACAACACCUACGCCUGCACCCACCACCCCAGGCACAUGUACUCAGCUGUCGACACCUUCAGAUACAACCUCCCUUACCGUAACAUAUUUGGAGGGGCAAUAGCCAUGCAGCGUGUCCACUUCCAGAAAGUGAAUGGCUUUAGUAACAAGUUCUAUGGCUGGGGAGCAGAGGAUGAUGAUAUGUACAACAGGAUCAGUGACGUGGGGCUGACAUUCAUUCGCUUUGAUCCUGAAGUAGCCACUUACAUCAUGCUGUCUCACUGCUCCAGCAGACCUGAGCAGACAAACAACCCAGAUCAGCACCUCAAAGUCAAGCAGGGGGAUGAGCCCUCCGCGGAGCAAGACGGGCUGUCCAACCUCUCAUACCAGGUAGUGAAUCACCAGACAAAAAGACUCUACACUUGGCUGCUGGUGUCUUGCUGAUGCACUAGGAUUCGGAACAUGAUGAAGAUUCUUAGUCCAAGAAUAAUGUUUGUACAGUGUGAUCAGGGCCAGUUUUAGGUACAAGCAAUAUGUGUGACUACUGGGGUCCCCUUUUUUUGGCAGAGUUCUCAAACUAUUCAUCAUCUAGGUAUUCAAGAUUAUUGAUAUUUGAUAUUUUAAAAUUCAAUUGGCCUAUGUAGAUGCAGGAUGAGGUACACUAUGCAACCCCAAAACAUAAUUCUGCUUAGGGUCCCCAGAAGACUUGAACCAGCACUGAGUGUGGUAUUGAUAUUUUAUAGGUGAUUUCUGUGAUUUUAUGCCUUCGAUGGAAUGAUAAAUUGUGCUUCAAUGAUUUUAAGUGUUUCAGAGUAGUGUGUUCACUAAGUGUCUCAGCAAGAUUUUGAAAUCAGUGUAAUUUAUUCUCUUGACCCUAAUUUAAAAGAUUAGUCUUCUAGGAGAGUGUAGAUUUAGUUUACUUGAAGGUAGCUUUCGUUGUGAGGGACCAAGAUGCAAAAGUGGUUGACGAGGUAAAGCUCAGCACCAUUGAGAAGUAGUACAUUGUGAUGAACAGAUGCCCUCCUCUUUUCUAAGCUUCAUGAAAUAAUCAAAUUUUUCACAUUUUAAAGCUGUAUAGGUUGUAGAGAAGAGAUACAAUGUAUGUGAUUCUGUUAAAUGAUAAUCCUUAAAGUAAUUACUAACAUUUUGUCUAUGUAUUGAUUCUCUGCUCAGGCUACUAAUAGAAAUGCUCUAGUGUUAGUAAGGAUCCUAGGGUGAGGAAAUAUUAUGAAAGAAAUAUUCAUUGUAAUUCUCAGUCUCACAGGUUGAUUAAGUGAGAAGUAAGGAGAUGACAUGGAAGGUAUUAAUUGUUUCCAGUCGCCUCGGGCAGUGGGAAUAAUUAACAUCUUGUCAGAAAUACUCUUAGUCGUUUUCCUCUCUGCUUUUCACAUCAAAAGUUAAGUCCCUUGUGGCCUGUAUUGUGACUGCUUUGAUUCAAGUUCCUGCAUAGUUAAGCUGUGUAUAAAUGCUUGUUCCUUUGUAUAUACGUAUACAUGUUAUUUAUCUUAUACAUUCUUUAUGGCCCCUUAAGCAUGAUCAUGACUGUUUCUUGUUGGUGGUUAUAGUCUCAGGAGUUUUGUGAGCGACAUGAUUUUUAUGAUUAUUUAUUUACUUUUUGGAUGAUGCAAGCUUAUCAAUAAACCGUAGCAGCUCAAAGUUGUUUGCAUGAUCAAGGUUACGUUGCCAGUGUUCGUGUUUUUCUCAAGAGCUCUUAACUUUUUUUCAGAAUAUAGUGAGGACUUACCCAAGGUUUUACAAUGAGGAGCAGGAAUAUAGGCGUGGCAUGUAAAUAAAGAAUGAACAAAGGUUGGUUUCAGGACCCAUGGUAUAGUAAAAAUUCA